CGGAAGCUGUCGCCGGCGGCCGGCCGGGGCCGGCAGCCCUGACAAGCUGGGCUGCUGAGGGGCAGCGGCCGCCUCGGCCAGGCUGAGGGUUUCUCCCAGGCGGGCGGGCGUGCGGGGGAGAAACUCCUGUUUCACCGCGCAUCCCGCUUCGUCUGCCCCCCCCCCCCGGCGCUGUGUGGCCGGGUCCUGCCGCGCCCGAUCGCCGGCGUCUGUAAGUGUUGGAUGAGGGGGGAAUCCCCUCCGCAAGGCCGGCACAGCCCUUCAGAGGCAGCGAAGUGGCUCUGGACGCGGGCGGGAUGGAGGCCGCUCGGCAGCUUUGAGAGCAGCUUCGGGGCGACGCGGAGCCGCCGGGGUCGUUCUGCAACACUCGUAGAACUUGCAGGGCCCUGGAGGGCACCUCGGAUUUCCCUCAUAUCCGGGGCACAGUCCAUGCCCCGUCCCCUACCUCGGAAAUAAAGUGGACGGAGGGGACGGGAGGUCUGACUUGGGCGCCAUGAAGGCAGAGACGGCGACCUCCUCGGAGACGCCGGGGGCGUCGAGCUGUGGCCUCCUGAGCCAGCUGAAUAACCGGAAGCUGGUGGUGGCCGGGGUCGUGCUGGGGUGGCUCCUGAUCCUUCACUUCCUGGUCAACGUGUGGCUCCUGUGCCUUCUGUCCGCGUCGCUGAUGGUGCUGGGAGGAUGGCUGGGCACCGGCGCCAUUGUGGGGACUAAGGGCCGGCUGCACCUGGAACGCUUCAUCCCCGUGGCCCACUGUCCCCCGAACCCGGAGGCGGAAAGACAGCUGGAGCAGGAGAUCAACCGCACCAUCCAGAUGGUUAUUCGGGACUUUGUGUCUUCUUGGUACCGCUCAGUGAGCCAGGAGCCGGCCUUCGAGGAGGAGAUGGAGGCGGCCAUGCGCGGCCUGACGCAGGAGCUCCGCAGGAGGAUGGGUAAGGUGGACAGAGCCGGGCUCACCCAGAAGGUGCUGACGCUCUGCGGCUGCCACUUGCAGAGCUACAUCCAGGCCAAGGAGGCCAUGGCAGAGAAGCACAGUGGUGUCUCGAACCCUGCCAAGCUCUGGGAAGCUUACUGCCAGAUCACCAGCCCACACCCCGCCAUGCAAAGCCCCAGUACUGAAGUCAGCUAUACACGUGCCAUUGUCGAUGUGCUGCUUCACGGUCUGGUGCCAAAGCCCCACUUGGAGACACGGACAGGACGCCAUGUAGUGGUGGAACUCAUUACCUGCAAUGUCAUCCUACCGCUGAUCAACAAGCUGUCAGAUCCCGACUGGAUCCACCUUAUACUCGUGGCCAUAUUUUCCAAGAAUAGGGGUCAUGCAGCAGUCGUGGCUAAGCCACUCUGCCCCACCACUGCCCCGGAACAGCGCUCAGAGCCAGCUUCUCUGCCGCUGUCUGGCGAGGGCCGCAGCCCACCAGAAGCAAGAGCCCCUUCCUCAGCAGUGGCAGCCGCCCCCGUCCUUCUACAUUACAGUGACCCCGAAGGGCCUUCACGCCCCUCCCUAGUGGUUGAAGGAAACCAUGAGACUAUCGAGGGAGAUUCAGGAAGGGUUUCUGAAGAAAGAAAAGUAGAAAACAGCUCAGCUCACUUCCUACAGCCAGCUUCCAGAGGCCCCUUGUUCUUAUGUGAAGAUACAGAACUGGAAUCUCCACUAUCAGAACUGAGCAAAGAAACCAUCAUGCUCAUGACCCCAGGCAGCUUCCUCUCAGAAAAGGUUCAGGAUGCCCUGUGUGCCCUAGAAAGUUCUCAGACCGAGUCUAAGUACAGUGAGAGAUCUGAGGGGAUCAGAGGAACAGAAGUCGAGGAGGCACCAAGAAUAGAGACAGAAACGAACUUGCUGGACUCCAUGCUGCUUCCCUGCCCAGAGAUUCAGAUUGACACCACAGACACGGAAAUAGAACAAGAGGAUGUUACCUCUCUUCCAGCUUUCCUGCCAAGUCCAGAAACAACUUGUCCAGCACGACCCUCAUCCUUAGAGAAAGAUCUCACUGAUAGUGUCAGCUCCCUAGAUCCUAGUCUGUCACAAGUUCUGCUUUCCUCCUCUCUACCUGAUCCACCUGGCCCUCCACCUGGUCCUCUCAAUUCUGCCACCUUCAGCUUUGAGCCUUUAAGCAGUCCAGAUGGCCCAGUUGUGAUCCAAAACCUUCGUAUUACUGGCACUAUCACUGCUCGAGAACAUAGUGGCACUGGGUUCCACCCCUACACCCUCUACACAGUGAAGUAUGAGACCGCACUCGACAGUGAGAAUAGCAGUGGCGUGCAGCAGUUGGCCUACCACACUGUAAAUCGCCGCUACCGCGAGUUCUUGAACCUGCAGACCCGUCUUGAAGAAAAAUCAGAUCUCCGAAAGUUCAUCAAAAAUGUGAAGGGUCCUAAAAAACUCUUUCCAGAUCUUCCAUUUGGAAACAUGGAUAGUGAUAGAGUGGAAGCCCGCAAGAGUCUCUUGGAAUCAUUCCUAAAGCAACUCUGUGCCAUUCCUGAGAUUGCUAAUAGUGAGGAGAUGCAGGAGUUCCUCGCUCUGAACACAGAUGCUCGCAUUGCCUUUGUCAAGAAGCCAUUCAUGGUCUCCAGAAUAGACAAGAUGGUGGUGAGUGCUAUCGUGGACACUUUGAAGACAGCAUUUCCUCGCUCUGAGCCCCAGAGCCCUACGGAGGAGCUGAGUGAAACUGAAACAGAAAAAUCACAGACAGAAAGCAAGAAGACUAGCAAGUCCAGACUGAGGUUCUCAUCAAGUAAAAUUGCCCCAUCAUUGAGUAUGACUGAAGCACAUGCGAAGAUUCUCUACUGUUUUCAAGAGAGCAAUGUGGAGACAGAAGUCUUAUCCAUGUCUGGAAUGGAAUCCUUUAUUGAAAAACAGACUAAGUCACUAGCAAUACGGCCGACAGAUAUCCCAGCAAAAGAUCCUGAACAGAUCCCCCAACCAUGUGAGGAUUUUCCAGAUGCAGGCCUCAAAAGUGAUGAUCCAGGAUCAGAGACAGAGUUAGCUGACACUGCCCUGGAUCUGCUCCUCUUGCUGCUAAUGGAACAGUGGACAUGGCUGUGUACAGAAAGCAUGCAGAAAAUUCUUCAUCUCGUAUUUGGGACUCUAAUUCAGAGGUGGCUGGAGGUACAGGUGGCUAAUCUGACAUGUCCACAACACUGGGUGCAGUACCUUCGACUUCUUCGGGAGUCCAUCUGGCCUGGAGGAGUUUUGCCUAAGUAUCCAAGGCCUGUAAGGACCCACGAGCAGAAGAUGGCCACCGAGAAACAGGCUUUGCAGAGCCUCAUGGGAGUCCUGCCAGAUAUCAUAGUAGAAAUCCUUGGAGCGAACAAAUGCCGGCUAAGCUGGAAUCUAGUCUUGAAGUCCCUGCAGCAGCCCCUUAUCAACAGGCAUUUGAUUUACAGCCUUUGGGACAUCAUUCUGGAAUCCCUGGAUCUCACUGCCUGUGUUGAAAAGUCAACUACAGACACAUCCUCCUCUGAGACCUUAGGCAACCCCAAGAAGAUGGGUGUUUCCCCUUAGCCAUAAGCUGUUCAUUCAUGUACAUGUCAAAGGUUCGGAUUGGAGAGAUGCUCUGCUCCCCAGAGAGGAGUCCAUGCCUGUUUGCCUCUAGAGCCAAGCUACAUGUAGCUCAGAAGGCCAGUCUCAGCAGCUCAGUUCUCCCCAUGCUGUAACAGGUGACAGGGUCUGUGUACCAAGUGCAUGCUUGUACAUUUUCAUAGCUCACUCUUGUGGUUUAGACUGUCACUUGUGGGUAGGCCCUGCUUCCUAAGGAAAGUGAAGCUGCGAGGUAGAGGAAUGAGCCCCUUUCCCUCCCCCUUUGCCCUCGUCCCUAGGAUUGUCCGCCAGCCACCUGGCCUAGUAUGUGCAUGUACAUAAUCCACCAGCACACAAGCUCUAGAUAGACCAGGGGGAAAAGUAGUUGCCCAAUUUCCUUGGAGGAAGAGACAAUCUUCUGAGUUCUGUCUCCACCAGGAAGCUGAAAAUGCAUACACGACUGUUCUUGGAAAGUCUUCCUAGUCUACCAGAAUAGGGAAGGGAAACAUUACUCAAAGCUCAAGGCUCCUUAUUCAUUGGCUGUUUGCCAGCACUUCAGCCCUGUGGAGGAUGCCAUUGAAGGUUGCUUCGCUGCGUGGUUACGCUUUUCCUGUGCCGAAAACUUCAAAGCAGGCUGCCAGCACUUCUAGUAGAUCCACUCUACCCUCUGCACCCCUUCCUGAAAGGGAGUUGCACCACAGAUUUGAUUUAUUAGCUCUUCUGUCUGCCCCCUUCCCAAGAGCAAUUGAGUGGCCCUUGUGACCUUCUCUCUGUCUUCCUUGAACAAAGUUACGUACAAAUUGUGUGUUCUGCCCAGUGCUUCCAUUGGGAAGAGAAGCACUUGGCCCACAGCCGAGAAGCCCAGAGAGUAGAAAACCAAGGAGAAGGACAGGGUCUCUCCACACGUCUGUAGUAGAAAAUGUUUUACUUUGAACCAGUGAUCGUAGCAAACUUGCCAAGACUUGAUUAUGAUUACCCACACAGAAUCAAAAAAAAAAAAAAGCUUUUUACUUCCUAUUCCAUAAAGAUCAAAUUAAUCUUUUAAGAAGACCGGUGGUGAAGCCAAGGUGGCUAUAUGAGGCUGAAGUGCUUGUUAGAAAGAUGGAACAAUCAGAAGAAAUGUCUGGCAGAGAAAGAGAUAGUAAAGUAACAAGGGUAGUGCCACCCAUUGGAUGCAUGUGGGUGACCGGCAAGAGAGAUCUGAAGACUGUCACCGGACAUCCUUUACUCACUCCUUAUCCUUUAGCUCAUUUUAUAUAUUAGUGCCCCACUGCUGCCAAUUAUGAAUCCUCCCAUUUGGAGAAGGGUUGGACCAACAUGGGUGGAGUAGGUUGGAACUUGCAUCAAGCUUUGCUUAGUCCCUGAAGUAGGCGAUGCACAAUUAAAGCGGUUUAACGGAAGAAA